UUUGGAACAUGAUCAAUAACUUUCAGAUGCACUCGCUGUCGACCCGAAAAAGAAGGAAAGCGUCAUUGGUAUCCAGGGCACUUGUCAAAUUUACCCCACCCAAGGGGGAUAGAGUGAAAAACCCAGUGUUGUGCCCCAAUCAGCACGUGUUCUGUGGGCCAUGUAUGGAGGUGUGGCUUCAGAAAAACAAGCAGUGUCCUGCUUGUAGGGUAGCUAUGACAUCAACUAAAAAGAUCAUUGGAGGGUUGAGUGAGCAAGAUGAGGACCCUGAUAAACUUACUAAUCCUGAACUAAGAAAGGCUCGCUUUGAUAUUCUCUAUAAAGAAUAUGAGAAUGAGUUUGAGCGUAUGAGUUCGGAAAUCCUGCUGCUGAAAACAGAGAACCAGAUUCUAAAGCAGCAGACUCGGAAAGAUGGACUUACACCAAGCAGGCCUGGUGACUCUGAUGGGGGGAAGAACAAAGACACCUCCCACCUGCUGGCUCUCACCAAGAAAUUGCAGGAUGCCACCAAACUGUAUGAGAAGGUCAAGACAGAUCUCACACGCCUGAAACAGGAGAAUACGAACCUGAAGGAUGAAAACCUGAGUCUGAACAGGGAAAACCAACAUGUUAGACAGGAACUGGCCGGCAGGUCACCUCAUAGAUAUGGAAGGAUCACAGUAUCAACUCUGGAGUCAAAACUUGCCAGUGCUGAGAAAGAUGUUACCCGGCUGACCAAAGCGCUGGAAAGGUCUGACAAGUACAUUGAGGAGUUGGAAGCCGAACUAGAGGGCUAUCGAGGAGGAAAACCUGGUGCUAGCAAGAGACAUAACUCUGCCACAGACAGAGACGAUAAAGACAAAUACCUCACUAAUGGUGAUGUGCUUAGCAGGAAGUACUCAUCAGAUUCUAAAGUGCCCCAGGCUCGAGAUUAUGGAGUAAGGGAAGACAAUCCAUCCCGUAGGCAGUUGUUUUCAGGUGAUAAGGGAGAUAAACCCGCAUCAGGUGAGAGGUCUAAGUAUAGCUAUGAGCGCAAUGGUGAUUUUAAUGAUGACAUGCAUGCUGGUAAAUCACAAACCUCAAAAUCUAAUGGUGCCAAUGGUGGAAAAAAGCGGGUAACUUUUGACUUGGAUAAGAACACUAACUCUGCUAUAUCGUUUGAUCUGGAACUGCCCAGUCCACUGAAGAAUUCAGCAAAUGCCAGCAGUUUGGCAAAUGGAAGAGCUUCACCAGUGAAGGGAGUUCUAAAGAAGUCAGGGAAUGGUAAAUCCGGAUCCGGAGACCAAUCCAGUGAUGGUUACUCCACAGAUAUGUCUAAAACCCUUGAGGAUUCAUUGUCAGAUAGUUAUAAGUAUUCAGCAGAUAAAUAUUCAGGGUCAAAAGAUGAUGACUUAUUAUACUUAAGGAAAAGAACUAAGGAAAAAGACUACAGCAGUGAUGUUUACAGCAAGCCAAGGCGAAAAUACAGUGUUGAUGAUAGUGUUUUGAGUGAGCCAAGUGAUUUGGAAAUACGCAAUGCCAGAGACAAGAACUAUAGCUCCAAACGUUCUGAAGACUAUGACAGAGAUAGACUGACAGGCAAAAAGUCUGAUACCGACUACAGGUCACACAACAGACAGACGGACAAACUGGAUGAGCUAGACAGACAUGAUCUGGAUGAUACACAAUACAUUGAGAGUGAAUUGGACGAAUUAAACAUCUCUCUCACACCAGAGUUCACAGAUUGCAUGAAGAUUCUGAACAGAGCAGAGAAAAAUGUGAACACCAGAGACUCUGACACUGAAGAUUAUACCUCAAGAUACAGAUCUACAGUUGAUACAGACAUGGAUGCUGCUUUAAGGGCCUCCACUGGCAGUAUAGGAUACAGAUCUGGAGCCCGCGCCACUGCCGAUGACGGUCUUUACAAGCCAGAUACGAAUACAGACAGGUUUGCUUCCUCACUAGACUCCUACUCCCGAGGUCGACAUGUUCGUUCAGGGUCAUUGGAUAAUUUGCUAAUGGACCAAAAUACUGACAAUGACUCCUACAGGCCUGGUAGUGCAUUAGGAACAACUACCAGCCUGUAUCCGCCCACCAGUCAGAGUAAAUAUUCUAGCGGAUUGACAACGGGUAGAACAACCCUGACAAGGACACCGUCUCUGGAUAAUCUGCUUCUAGCAAGACAAUCAACAGGUCACAUGAACAAGUAUUCUGCAGUGGAGGAUUCCCUCGGUCUUGGUGGAAGGCCGGGCUAUCUUGGCCAGAGGUUGUUCAGAGGUGAGAAAGACACCGCAGGGGACGGGCAUUUGAGCACUGGCAUGAGUUCUACUACUGUACAGCAGCCUUUGACAGCAAAACACGAUAUUCUGGCUACACAGGUGACUGGAACUGGUGACAGGUUGUCAAGUGCUGGGGACAAGAUUUCCAGCUAUGAUCCAGUUCUUGAUGCACGUUCACGUGUGUACAGCACAGGGGAUGCUGGUUCCACUAUUGGUGCAGGUUCAUCUUCAAUUUCAGACGUGAGCAGAAAGCUUCCCCCCUCUGGCCGCCAGACACCAACACUUGCAAGCUCUAGCUCAGGGCUUGACUUCGAUAAACUCACGAGCACAGGGAGGAUUGCACCCACUAUUCCAACACAUUCUGAAUAUAUGGGCUACACCAAACCUUCAACUGAGAAAUACAGCAUGUCAGGCAGUGGGCGUUCCACCCCGACAUUGACAUCACAGUCUGACUACACAGGCCAGUCCAAUACUGGCAUGUCUCAGUAUACUGAUUAUAGGGCAUCAGGCCCAUCCUCCCUGCCUGCUGAUCUUACGCAGAAACCCCCUAUUAGUGGUAGGUCAUAUGCUACCUCAUACUCUAACCAAGCACCCCCUUAUCAAAGCACAUCACUCGCUUCUACUAACCCUGGUGGUGGCUAUAGUAGCCUGCCCAGUUACUCUGGGUCAGGUUUAGAUUCUGCACCAUACAGUACUAACCUUGAUACUAACAAAUACACAAGUUCUACAACAUUAAGUGGUAGAACUACUGAUACUGUAGGGGACAAGAACGACUUUGUUCCAAGCUCUAAUUAUAGAUCUGAUAGUAAUUAUUCUGCAAGUGGGAACCAUGCUUACAAUGAUCUCAAUUACAAAGAUGGAACAGAUUUUUCUAAAUUUUCUACCAAAGUUGGAGCAAGCAGUUCUUCCAGUAGUUAUGCCAUUCAGCCGCCACCAUCAUCUAACCCUUUGUCUGCUUCCUCCGCAGGUUUAUCUUCGUACAGCAGCUCCUACCUCCCGACUUCAUCGUUAGCGUCUAGCACAUCCUACGCCACCUCUCAUAGUGUUCCCAUCACCCAUUCAUCAUCAUCAUACACUGCUAGUAAUCCAGCUAGCAAUGCAUACAUGUCCAAGCCCCUCGACCCAAUCACAGAAACUGGCCAUUACAGCUAUGUGUCAAAUAUGUCUGCUGAUUUUUCCUCCAAGAAUGACACUCUGGCGUUACCUGAGCCAAAACGGAAACUGUUUGAAACCACAGAUGAUCUGGAAAUGUCUAUGAGCCCUAUAAAAUCAAACAGAAGAUACUAGUCUAGGUACUCCUAACACGAUAGUGAAUGUGUUCUUGAUGUGAAAGUGUUGCUAUUUAAUAUUUUGAUUGAUGUUUCAUCUAAUAUUUCAAAAACUGAAGUCAUUACAUGUUUUGAUUUAUUAUUGUAUCUUACCUUGUUUAUCUUUAUCUUCUUAUUGCUGUCCAUACUUACCAGCAGAUUUUUACAAAACUAAACAAAGAUUGUUCACAUCCUGGGUAUUUUACCUGUUUAUGAUUUAAUGUAAUCCAGUACAUUAUCUUCCUUGUGAAAUAGGUCAAAUAGGGGUACUUAAAAUAAGGGAUGCCCAUAUUAUCAGCACAUUCUGGUUAGAUGAGUUUUCAUUAGUGUUUUUUAUAUACCAUCCGCUCCUAUGCCUUAUAAACUGCGAUUUUUUUUUCUGAAUAAAUACCCCAUUUGGGAGCAUACAUCAUUUCCCACGAUAGCAUUAUUUUGUCAGUAUUGUUGUUUAUCUCUUAUAUAUGCUAAUGAUUCAUACCUCUUCUUUUCGCAACUUCAAAUGGCCUUAUGGCCUAUGGUUGUUUUUUUCUUUUAUUUUUCCAGCAAACUGUGCUAGAUUAUAGUUUGUACUUUUUGUUCAUCUUUGUACAUGAUCCCCUUAUUUAUUUCAUAACUUAUUUGGACAUAAUUCCUGUAUAUAUAAACUAUUUGUCUUAGAAGUGCCUUACAUAAGUUUGUAUGUACAGAUUGUAGAAGCCAGUUCAUGUACAUGAGUUGCCAAUGCAUUUUUGUCAAAAUAGCAACUGUAUCAUGUUUAACAUUUUCACUAGUAUUUAUUAGUUUUGUAUUAUCGUUCAUUGUUUAUUUAUUUAAGCAUUUCAUUAUCGUUUCACUGAUACACUGUUACUUGUAUUUCACUUUAUAACAAAACCAUGCCUGUUAAACAAUUCAUGGAUUUGUUUCCUGGAAAUUAGCUGCCUCAAAUCUGAAGGUCUUUUGUAAAGGAAUGUUCUCAGCGUUACUGGUAUGAAAUAUGACAAUGUUAAUUCAAUGUAAACUUGAGUGAGAUUGUACAAUCUUUUUAGGAUUAUGAUACCUACUCACAACUUUACAGUCUUUUUAGAAUUAUGAUACCUACUGACAACUAUUGCAACCAUUAAAGGUACAUCAUUUUUCUGAUUUGUCAAUGUUUUAAACCACCAAUAUGAAAAUACUUUUAAAAUGUAAAAGUCUCAGUGUACAGACAAAGAUUGUGGACAGAAUUUAUUUUUAAAAGAAAACUAUCUGAAAUGUGCCAGAUAACAAUGUAACAAAGUUCGUCAUGGGAUUUUAUUUGUCAAUGAUCUGUAGUUUACAAUGGCACAUGUUUCUGCCGCAUCUAUCUAUAUCUUCAUUAUUUCACUCUAGUAUUAUGAACAUGUACAACGACCAAAUUGUUCUCGUUUGCAAAUCUGUGAUACUUUUUGAUAUGCUUUACUUUUAGGCAAGCUAUAUAUGCAAUAAAUAGUGAAUACCGA